AUGAAGAUCCAUUACGGAUGGACAAUACUUUGUUUCCUCUUGCAUUCAGAGUUCUCUAAUGCAAAACUUCUACUUGUUCAAGUCCUGGCGUAUCACACAGAGUAUAAACCAGACAAGAACAUGACAAAUUUGUUUCCUUUGAUGCCUACCAUCAACAGUUCUACCAUACUGCAGGGAUCCAUCAUGUUGACGCAGAAAGGAAGAGUGAAUGCCGAGAAAUUAGGAGUCUCCUUACGUGAGGCCUAUGGGAAUUUGUAUGGCAAUACGAAAAUUUAUAUGUGCCCAGAGCGCACCGAGGAGGCAAUUGAAACAGCCUCUCUAAUUGCACAUGGGCUUGUACCUGAAUACGUUCCCAACGAAGAUGUCGCCCAUGGGAAAUUCAAAAGCAACCAAUGGAGAGCGCUGGCAUUCCCCUAGAGCCCUGAAUGAAGUACGCGUAUCACGAUGGGCUGUUACAGAAACUCAUGAUGGAGGAGUAUGAGGCUCAGUCGACCUAUGACAUCCAUCCGAAUGGAGGUGCCCACAGCGGACUUUUC